GUUGGAUUUCACGGUCAAUUCAUUUCCAUGGCUAUACGCUCUAAGGCCGCACCCUUCUUUUGACAAACACAACCAUUUUUUUUUUUCAUUUCGUUCUUUCGGCAAAAAAACAAAAAAAUGAAAAAUUUCGCAAUCCUCACUCCUCUCGUCUUCUUCCUCCUCACAAAUUUCCCUGCAAGUAAAAGCUUCGAAGUAGCCGUCAAUGGCGGAAUCGGAGUCGGCGUCACCAUCGGCGGCGGCGUCGGCGGAGGAGGAGGCGGCGUUUGGAUUGGCGGAAACAACGGCUCACCAAUGCCAAGGCUAAACAGAGCUUACACUGCACUUCAAGCAUGGAAAUCCGCCAUUACAAGCGACCCAUUGGGGAUUUUAACCACUUGGGUCGGCCCGAAUGUUUGUUCUUACAAAGGGGUUUUUUGUGCACAAGUUCAAGACGAAACGACGUCGUCCCCCGUCGACAUUGUCGCCGGAAUCGACCUCAAUCACGCCAAUCUCGGAGGUACUUUAGUGAAAGAGCUCUCGUUUCUCACCGAAAUCACUCUGUUACACUUAAACAGCAACCGAUUUUCCGGCACCGUACCGGAAUCCUUCAGAGAAAUGUCUUCGCUCCAAGAAUUAGAUCUCAGCAACAAUCUGUUUUCAGGUCCUUUUCCGAUUCCCACAUUAUACAUUCCGAAUCUGAUGUAUUUAGACCUCAGAUUCAACGAUUUCUUCGGCCCUAUUCCUGAAGAUCUCUUCAACAAGAAACUCGAUGCGAUUUUCCUCAAUAACAAUCAUUUCGAAGGGGAACUUCCUCAAAAUCUAGGGAAUACCCCUGCUUCUGUGAUCAAUUUAGCUAAUAAUAAGUUGAAUGGGAAUCUCCCAAGUGGGUUUGGUCUAUUGGGUUCAACACUUAGAGAAAUCUUGCUGUUAAACAACCAAUUAACAGGUUGUAUUCCUGAAGGAAUUGGGUUAUUCUCUGAAAUGCAAGUGUUUGAUGUGAGUUUCAAUUCGUUAAUGGGUCAUUUGCCCGAUACUCUGUCUUGUUUGAAUCAAAUCCAGAUUAUGAAUUUUGGGCAUAAUCGGCUUUCUGGGGUUCUUCCGGAUUUGAUCUGUUCGUUGAAAAGUUUGGUGAAUUUGACGGUGUCUUUCAAUUUCUUUUCUGGGUUAAGUCAAGAAUGUUCUUCGCGUCAUGUUCUUGGGAAUUUGGGGUUUGAUUUCUCGGGAAAUUGUAUUCCGGGAAGGGAUUUGCAGAGGCCUCGACCUGAAUGUUCUGUGAUUCCUGGUGGGGGUUUGAAUUGCUUUAGAAUACCUCCGAUUGUGAAGCCUUUGGUUUGUGGGACAUUGGCUGAAAGAACAGACAGUGAUCUUAGUUCGUCCCCGCCAUGAGAGAGAGAGAGAGGUUGAAAAAGAAAAAAGAAAAAAACACCAAAAUUUUCAGAUGGGUUUGUUAUUAGUGAUUAAUGAAAUGUUUGGCUAAUUGUUUUUUGUUCGCCGAUUUGGUUUCAUUUGAUUCUCCGGCGAGUUUUGAUUUCCUGAUGUGUUUUGAAUGGAUAUCGAAUUUAACAUUGUGAUGGAAAUAAAUUUGUGAAA